AUGAAGAAGAGAAGUAAAAGUUGUGAGGAGAAAAGGGCAGAUAAACAAAAUUGGGUGGAUGGAAUGAGGAGAGCUGAGUAUCUUUCUUCAGCUGGUGGUGGUGACUGCUUGUUUACUCCCGUUGCAAUGUAUGAUGCCUCCUCUGGCUUUCCUGAAUCUGAAUUUCAACUGACGCGCUUCUCGUCGUGCUUUGACAGCAGGAAAUCGCGCGUUAGGAAACCUUGUCACGCUCGAGUCCUGGUCACGCAAUCGGUCUGUUCAGAUUUGGUGGCGGAUGAGGAUUCAGACGUCUUCGCGGUGCUGAUUGGUCGAUGCGUGUUGGUGUCUCCUUCACGAUCUAUCGUCAACAAAGCCAAGAUGUUGCAUCGAGUCUUUCCUAGUAGAAACCCUCGCAGAAUAUCAUUGAGGCAGCCAAUCAACGCUUGCUGCAUGGCCGUAAGCCAGGGAGGUUGGUCCUCUCCGCAUCAACAGUAG